AUGCGCUCCUUCGCCGCGCUUCUCGUUUCUGCUUUGACCGUCGCACAAGUUGCCUUCGUUGCCGCUGCAGACGACCCGAAUGGCAACGGCCCGUCGAUGUCCAUACCGUCCCUGUCUAUCCCUGCGUUUCCAACCCCUCCAGCAUGCUCCAAAGAGCGCGAAAGGCAGGGCCUCUGCACCCCCGACGGGACCACGACCACACUGGUGUUCACCGCGACCAGCGGCUCCGUCACCCUCGUCGAGACCACCGUGCUCACCAUCGGCGGCUCGAGCACGGCCCCUCUGAGAUCCACCAUCUCCUUCUCGGGCCCGGUUAGCGCGAACACUCUCUCCUCCAUCCCGUCCGCCCCGGCGUCAUCGAUGAGCACGAGCAAGGUGAAGUCGUCCUCGGCCUCCGCGUCCGCGUCCGCGUCCUCGGAGCUCGCCUCCUCCCCCACGACCACCUUCACCGCCUCCCCCACCACGAGCCACACGGCGUCGUCUACCUCGACCGUCACGACGUCGGUGGUAACCACCGCCCCGGCCGCGCCCGAUUCAGGCAACACCUCGGCCACCGGGAACACCGCGGGGUCCGGUGCGGCCCUCGGCGCUGCUCUCGACGCGCGCGCGAUGGUGCUCGCCGCCGGCGCGGUCGCCGCGGCUGUCCUUCUUGGCUUCUGA